CUGGUGUAUAGGCUGACUACACUCUAGUGUACAUGUGCAUACGGGACUUAAAAAAUCGCUUCGGUCUAAAAAUUGGGACUUUGCUGUAUGAAACAUAAACAAAAAUUGCUGAUCAGUGUUUUAUGUGUUUUAUGGUGUUAUUCAUCGCAUUGCUGAAACCGUUUGAAAUUCAUCUCUAAUGAAAACGUAAACGAUUUGUUUAAGUAAUUUCGAGAAUGGCACACAACAAUGCAAAUACAGCUUCGUUUGUGACGGUGCAAAUCAAACAGGAACGUUCAGAUUCGCAAGCAACAAUUGAUGUUGAUCUUGUAACCAGGUGUAGGCUUUGCCUUCGAAGUGUCUCGCAAAGCACGGGGGUACCGGUCACAAAAGCACAUAUUUCCACUUUGCAGAUUAUCCUCAAGCAACUGGGUAACCGUAAUGAAACUUGGAGUCACAUUUGCAUAAUCUGUAAAGAUCUUUUGGACAUUAUAUUAGACUUUAGAACCGCUGCACUACAAGCCAACGAUAUUUUGUUAACCGAGAAGAUGAAGCUGGACCGUUUUGGCUAUUGUCAGUCAGACCAGCUCAUGGCUGUCUCACAUUGUAGGGAAAUGGUUCGUGCCCAUCGAAAUAAAAUUGAAGCAACUUUCAAUGGGCAGCAAAGCAACUUAAACUAUCCUACUAGGGAUGCAAAACAUACACUAAGUGAAACUGAGACCGAUGAACACGCCAGCGAAAACGAUGUACCCCUAAAGGACUCGAUAAAAGAUUCUACACGAGAAGGAACAGCCUUCAUAAUCGUACAAAAGCGAGGUCGAAAACCAAAAGAGCAGCCAGAAUUCAUGCCCCAACUUUGCGACUUCUGUGGCAAACGAGUAUGUGGCGAAUCCGCAGAGAGCCAUAAAAAUCAACAUUUGGGAAUUAGGCCAUAUCCGUGUCCGAUAGCCGGGUGCGAUCUUGCGUUCCACGGCCGCUACAACCGACUGCGGCACGUCAAACGAAUGCAUGGCGAGAAGGGCGUCGAGGUGCACGAUUGCCACCUGUGCGGCAAGAACAUACGGGGUCCAAGUCGGGCGCUAAAGUAUCAUCUGCAACGGCACGAACAGAACCAACGUGCCGAAAAGGCUUUCAUCUGUCAGGUGUGCGGAAAAGGCUUCACCCUGCAGCGCUAUCUAACCCAGCACUCGAUCGUACACUCGGGAGAGUUUCCGCACAAGUGCGGUUACUGCGGCAAGAAAUUCAACAACAAAUGGGGAAUGCGCACGCAUGAGAAAAACAUCCACGAAAAGCGAAAACACGCUCCUUCGGAGCACAACGCAUCCAGUAGCACUAAACCCCUACCAAAUAGUCUAGAUGCGGAAAAUUAGAGAAAAAUAAAACAUUCAUUUUGAUUUAUUGGCUUUAUUUGAACCGUAGUUUGCCUAGUAAUAGUCACAUGCCCUAUCGCUUUCAAUGAACUUCACAUUCGUCACAAUUGGGAAAAAAAUUCGAUGGAUGUUCGGUUCAAAAAACUUGAACAUUAGUGCACAAUAAAUCGUAUUCUGAACAAUGCCAGGCCAAUGAGUUUUAAGCAGGCUCGCAUCGCAUCGUCGUCAGUGCAUAAAUAAUAACUUAACAUCGUAGGAAGUGUAACCUUCUUUUUUUCCUCAAAUCGAUCUCUUGAAGAUUUCAACCUUGCAUAAUGCGAAAAACUAU